AUGGCUCAAAACAAGAUUCUCUAUUCUGCAAAGCUCAACGAGAACAUGCGGAGAUCAGCCUACUUCAAAACGAACAAGCGAACUGUCAAAUCAAACAUCACGCUUAAGUUUGUGACAAAAGCGAAUAUCAAGCUUCGAGGUGAAGCCAAAUUCACGACUACUCUUGAAGAUCCAAUCGAACUCUUGAAGCCUAUUGAACGGUUCAUGAAGAAGAGUGCUGAUGCUGAGUAUGACUUCUUCGAUUUCUGGGAAGCCAAUCAAAAGUUCUUUGCUAUGAAGCAAGGAACAACCAAAAACUUGAUGCAUUUCAAGGAACGAUUCUUGAGACAGGCUGAAGUCCUGGAAGAUCUAAAUGGUGUUGCCUGGUUCCGAAAUUUUGCAGUCAAGACGAAAGCGUAUGCUGCUAUUGCUAGCACCAAUACUAUUGCUAAAGACAAGUUCAAGGAUGACAUCUUUGAAGCCGUUAUUGCAACAGGAUUCCUGUGCAACUUUGAUUGA